AUGGCAAAAACAGCCCUUCUUAAACUAUUUGUGGCAAUAGUUAUCACAGUCAUUUUAAUUUUGCCAGAAUAUUUCACAACACCACAGGAAAACAUAUUGAAGCUAUCAUGUCUGGAAGUCUGUUUACAACCUAAUUUCACCUAUUCACUUUCCUCAUUAAAUUUUUCUUUCAUUACUCUUCUACAACCAGUAAGGGAAACUCAGAUUAUUGGAGGAAUCUCUCUAAAUCAUUCCAACUUUCAAAAUUUCACCAGGAUUUGCCAAGACAUCAUGAGUGAAUUUAAAACAUGCUCCUUAUGUUUGGUUUGUGAGUCCAAAAGAAACAUGGAUUUUAUUUCUCAGGAACAAACAUCAGAAGUUCUUGUCAUGAGAGGAUCAAUGAACGUGAAAGCAAGUGAUUUUCCUUUACCUCCCCAACAUUUUAACUUCACUGCAGCUUUGAUAGUUGACCACUUGGAGGAAUAUAACACUACCUGUUGUCUAAAUACCCACACGAGAAAGCCAGCAGUGAUGGGGGAAGAGCCAACCAAGGAAAAUUUCAUAAACCAUUCUUGUAGAGUUAUAGAAGGCCCGACUAGCUGCAAAAACAUUUCUUUACACCUAGAAAUGGACGUAAAAUAUUUAACUUAUUCCAUGAAGAUCACUUGGUAUGCUUUAGUUCUAUUAGUUUUUAUAUCAUUGAUCAUAUUCAUUAUUCACAAAAUACUUGAAGGCCAUAGGAGAGUACAGAAAUGGCACAGUAAGUAUUUGUAA